CACCGACGUAACAGUUCAACGAAACCCGGCUGGCUUGCUAAUUCGAGUCGGACGACUUGUUAAAAUAUGGACAUUUCAUUGUGAUUAUUAGUAUGCUAUAUAAGUUAUUGUGCAUACAGAGAUAAUUACGAGGAUUUUUUACUGAAAUGAAUAAACCACACGGAACGUUAACUAGAUUGCAAACACCAACAGGUAGUUAAGUUAGAUGUCGCAGGCGUGAUAGCUCUGAUCUGAAAUAGAAAUAUCCUAUUUCUUGAGGUACCUAGCUACUUUUUCGACGAACUUACAAAGUUACAAACAUCAAUAGCCAGAUAAUGUCCAUGGAAUUGGACGGAGAAAACACUGUAUUCGCUUGUUGUUUAUCGGGAGAUAUCGAAGCUCUUCAAAGAUUGUUGGAAUGUAGAAGCAAUUCAGACGUGGGGGAAACGCUUGACGUGUUCCAGGAAAAAGAUGUAUUUGGAAGAAAUGCCUUGUUUGUAUCCUGCAUUCUUGGCAGAUGUGAUAUCGUACGAGAACUACUGAAAUAUGGAGCCAGUGUAAAUGAACUCACUACCAGGGGUUACUCCCCACUGCAUUAUGCUGCUCUUUGGGGUCAUCUUGACACCGUGAAAACUUUGGUGGAACUUGGUGCCAACUUGCAUGCACAAAACUUCCGCGGGGAGAGGGCGAACGAGGUCGCUUGCCGUUAUUCCAAGACCGCUUGUGCCGAUUAUCUCUCUUGGGCAGAAGCCAAGCAGAACUUUCAAGAAUACAUCACUGAAGCAAGAGAUGCAUUUUGUGAUGAGAAGGCUCAAGGCAAACUAAACAAAGAGGAAAAGAACCUAUUCAUGAGUUCCUGCUCAGUAAAGGCAGAUUGGAUCGAGAAUGCAAAAAAUCCAUCAGUGCAAGAUUUCACUGAACAGAAGAAGCACCUGGAAAACGUCCUUAACCCGCUUCUUGCAAAGCUCACAUCUCCAUCUGAAGCGGCAACUAAAUCCAGGAAAAGCUGAUAAUCUAUGAAUUGCAGAUUCUCCAACAGGUCAUUAAUUCUAGUUUGGAUCAAAUGAAUCCACUUAAAAUUUUAGUAAGAGGAAUGACACUUUUGAGAGAUUUCACCAGUGAAUAAAUAACUGGAAAUUCAGUUCGUGUUCUAUUUAUUGUUCAUCUGUCGUUGUUUGUCUUUCUUCCUACAUGGUUUCUGUGAAUAAAAGAUUGAAAAAUAA